AUGCCUGUCGAUGUUCCUCGCUCCGUUAUCGCCAAAUUAAUGUUCUUCACCGUCGCCAUGGUGGUACUCCCUGUGCUGACUUUUUUCUGGCUUCAAGAACAUACAGAUAAUACUCUAGUAAGUGGUGGUUUAGCUGCUGCCAUGGCCAAUCUGGUGCUAAUUGCAUAUGUAAUAAUGGCAUUCCAAGAAGAUUCCUCAUCAUCUGAGGACGACGAAACGAAGAAAGAAAAAUGA